UUGGCAGAAUAGACAAGUUGCAGACAGUGCUGAAGAGAUUUCGCUGAGAGUUUCUUCUAGAUUUCUAGAGAAUUUGCGGCUUUUCUGUAUCUGGCUCUCGACAUAGAAAGUUUUUUUCAUUACGAACAUGAAGUUGUUGUGGACUCUAGCUCUCGUGAGCUUUGUCUUCUUCGUGGUAGAGGCGGAAAAGGACAGGUUUCAAGAACUGAAAAAGUGGGCUCAUUGGAAUCAGAUCAAGAAGGCUGUUCUACAAGAACGCUUGCCAACAACCCCUGAUGUGGAAAACUGCACAGCUUUGCCAGACCGUCUGUUGGAUUGGUUCCAUGUCUUGCGUGCAAUGCAUGUAAGGGAGGAGCAGAAGAAGCGUGGUAAUUUUGAAGCACAAAAGCCUGGAGAGGUAAUUCCACACUUGAAGCUGAGAGAAGCAAAGAUGCCUUUUCCAUCAGGAUUUGAUCAAAAUGCAUGCCGAGAGCCUAUCAGUUCUGUGUUCCGUCUUGUGUUGGAUAAAAACCAUGACGGUGUGUUAGAUGAGUCUGAACUGGCAGUCAUUUAUGACAUCGCAACAGAGCCUUGCAUAAAAAAGUUCUUCAAGAAUUGUGCCAAGGAGAGGGAGACCUUUACUGAAGCUGAGUUCUGCAGUUGUUUCACAGCAGUUGAACCACCAUGCUUGCACAGGUUGCGCAGUAACCUACCAGCUCUUCUCAUCAGAGGUGAAACACGCGUUAUGCCUGGUGCUUACACUCCCUCUUGUGAAGAAGAUGGCUUUUAUUUGCCUCGUCAGUGCAGAGUUACAGACAGGCAGGGAACAAAGGAAUGCUGGUGUGUGGAUCGACAUGGAAGCAAAAUUGAAGGCUUGUUAGAUUGCGUGGACAACACUGAACCUCCUAAGAGACUCUCUUAGGAGGAAGAAUCACAGGAGCAGCCAGUUGUGAAUUCAUCACCUUAGAUUCUAUAGUGCUGACUGUUCUCAACUUUUUAUUGUGUUAGCAUUGAUUGGUAGACUCCUGUUUAAGCUACUGCAGCAAAUUGUGAAGUGUUUAAUCUUAAAAUUUUUCCUUUUUUGCUUAGAAUACUUGAAUUGAGACAGUAGACAAAUGUAAUUAAAGUAUUUUGAUAUAUGUUUCUUGACUAAUUUUGUAUGAAAUCGCUGUGAAGUAAGGGGAACUGUCUCAUUGUGAGGUUGGUCUAGUGCAACAUGUACUAUGGGUUUGUUGAAAGUAUUAUACUACUCCAAAUAAAAUCAACUACUUGUCUCUGGAAAGGAG